AUAUUAUGUUGUUGACAUCUAGUUUUACUACGAAACAUGGAUGGCAUGGAUUUGUGAAUGAACCGGUGACGUAGGAUGCCUCGAAAAUACUACAAACCAUUUUUAAUAGUUGGCGUGUUAUUUAUUACAAGUGUUGUCAUAUUGCAGUCCAGAAUAAACAACGAACUUCCACCCGUGUGUGCGGCGAAGCAGAACAACGAGUUGAACAGCGUUUACAGCGACGAUUUGUCGAAUAAACGAGAUUUAAUCAAAUUUGUUUCGACGCCAUGGAAGGUUGAGAAGACGAUCGCUCAUGGGGUUUGUGGGUUGCACCCUGACAAAGUAAAAUGGUCGAUGGUAAUUGUCGUUAAAUCGAGCGCGUCACAUUUUGAUCGUCGGAACACUAUCCGUGAAACAUGGGGUGGAAUUCGUGCGAUUGAUGAUGUCAUAAUCGAACUAGUGUUCAUUGUUGAUGUAACCAUGGAUGACAUCAUCAAUAAACAAACAGAGGAAGAAGGUUUUCUACACGGCGACAUUUUGUUGAUACCGUACAUCAAAACACCAUUCCCGAUCACAUUGAAGACUGUGGCAGGAAUGCAGUGGGUCGCUCACAUCCUCCCCGAUCGUUGGUUUUACUCCUCGUGUGACGACGACGUAGCAAUUCACAUCCCCCACAUGGUGGCGCACCUGCACACCAUGCUACCACACUACAGGGUUGGUGAACGCAACGACAAAUUUGAUUCGUUCGGCGACUUACCGAUAAGUUGCAUGUACAGUUACCAGAAGUGUGACGUUCCCGCGCGGGAAUAUUCAUCAAAAUGGAAGAUCUCGUACUUGAAGUACCCACCCACCCAAUGGCCGGUCUAUUGCCGAGGGGGUCUCUACACAACCACAAGCAAAAUGGCAACGAAAUUAUUUGAGGUGUCUCGCAUGACCGAGUUGAUGCAUCUUGAUGAUGUUUGGGUCACUGGGUUGUUGAGGGAAAAGCUGAGGAAAGGAAACGCAAAUAUUGUGCCUGCCCCGUAUUCCGAGCGCAACGAGAAGGAAUUGGUGAAGAAUGACGACCAACCAGGGAUGAUAGUUAAACAUAUGUGGGGGGACAUCCCCGGUAUCGAUACCGAUGUAUUAGCGGGCUUAAACUCAGCGUGGAAAAUCCUGGAAGGUCGACCUCGAUGCCCAUAAUGUUUGUGCUCCAAAUAGUUGAACUUUAUCAAUAUAUUGCCCAAUAUUUUAUUGCACAAGUUAUAGAUGCAACGCUAGUAAAUGAUCGUAAGCUUUUA